AAAACGACCUCAUCCUAAGGAUUGGUCAAAAAAGCUCAUGGCAAACACUCGUUCAAAAGAUGUCCAUCGCAAGUACUGGUCCAAGAGAGUUCAUCCAAAGGAUUGGUCACAAAAAGACUCGUCAAAAGAAGUUUACCCUAGGGACUGGUCAAUACAGGUUCAUCAUAAAGACUGGUACAGAACGGUUCAUCAGAAAGACUGGUUCAAGAAGAUUCGUCCAACAGAAUGGCUGUCAGACAUCGGCAGUGCUUUUCACUACUCCAAAGUAUAUCCUGGAACAAACUGGUGCGGAGACGGCCAUCGAGCUAAAAACUGGGCAGACCUUGGUCGGAAGUGGCGCCCAGAUACAUGCUGCCGGAGUCAUGACCUUUGCUCUCACGCGGUGGAGGCGGGAAAGGUCAAGUACGGGAUAAAGAAUCAUGGACCGUUCACCUGGUCUCAUUGUGACUGUGACCGAGAAUUUUACGACUGCCUGAAACAGGCCCGUACGAUAGACUCGGACAUCAUCGGUGUGGCGUACUUUGACGUCCUGAACAACUAUUGUAUAUACGAAGAUUAUCCGGAAACCUGCAAAAAGUUCCUGUUAUUCAAGGUUAAAUGCUCCAAGGUCAAAACAAAAUCCAAGAUCUGGAAGAAACGGAAAAUCGACCUGGUGUAUUUUGGAAAAGCCAGAGACUGAUCUAUUUCUGCGCGUGCUUCGGAUUUAAAUAAUCGAUUUAAAUAUUGAGCUACAUCUAACAUGAAGCGAAGCCUUUCCAGUCAACCGGAAGGAAGCUGUAUUGUAUCCAAAGCAAAGGAAAAUUCCACACUAAUUGCUUGAAUAUUGCUUAAAUCUUACGUCGUAAU